GCGCCAUGUUAAGAGCCGCCCUCCUCCGUCCCCCGCGCUUUCGGCUGCUCCGGCACCGCGGCCCGCCAGCGCCUGCGAGCCCCCCGCCUGCAGCCGAGGUUCCUUAUUUUUGUAUAAAGAUUGAGAGAAGUCAACCUGCUGAGAUUAUGGCACUGAAACAGAUUUCCAGCAACAAAUGCUUUGAGGGUUUCCAGAAGGUGUUUGAACAUGACAGUAUAGAGUUAAAAUGCAAAAUGAGGUUUGGAAUCUAUUUGCCACCAAAAGCAGAAAUUGGGAAGUGUCCUGUGCUGUACUGGCUCUCAGGAUUAACUUGUACAGAACAGAACUUUAUUACCAAAUCUGGUUUUCAUCAGGCUGCAGCUGAACAUGGCCUCAUUGUAGUUGCACCAGAUACCAGUCCACGUGGCUGCAAUAUUGAAGGAGAAGAUGAGAGCUGGGAUUUCGGCACAGGUGCUGGUUUUUAUGUAGAUGCCACUGAGGAACCAUGGAAAACCAACUAUAGAAUGUACUCGUACAUAAAGGAUGAGCUGCCUAAAUUAAUAAAAGCCAAUUUCCCAGCUGACUCAGAAAGGAUGUCUAUUUUGGGGCACUCAAUGGGGGGCCAUGGAGCUCUUAUCCUUGCUUUGAAGAAUCCUGGAAAAUACAAAUCUGUAUCAGCAUUUGCUCCUAUCUGCAACCCAGUCCAGUGUCCCUGGGGGAAGAAAGCUUUUGGUGGAUAUCUGGGAUCAGAUCUAACUAAAUGGGAGGCAUAUGAUGCUACCCAUCUUGUGAAGUCUUAUCCAGAUACUCAUCUUGACAUCUUAAUUGAUCAAGGCAAAGAUGACCAGUUCCUUUCAGCAGGGCAAUUACUGCCUGACAACUUUAUUGCUGCCUGCACAGAGCGGAAAAUCCCUGUAGUCUUUAGAUUGCAACAGGGCUACGAUCACAGCUACUUCUUCAUUGCGACGUUUGUUAAUGAUCACAUCAGACACCAUGCAAAAUACCUCAAUGCUUGAAGCGUAGGAGUCUCUUUUGUCCAGUACAAGUCAAUAUGUACACAAAUGUUAACACACAUCACUUGCUGAAUUAGUGCCUAUAAAAUGGAGUCAUGCUGAUAGUAGUGCUAAACAAUCCUUAAUUCUCUUUGUGUACUUCAGAAUAAAUAUUUUGAAUGUGUU